AUGGGGAAAAGCAAAAACAUGCCUCAAUUGUUCAUCAACUUCCGAGGCAAAGACGAGCGGCAGAAAUUAUUGCCACAUCUCAAACAUCAUUUGAAAGAUAGCAAUGUGAAUGUGUUCACGGACGACGACGCUGUUGGAGAGCCGUUAAAGAAUCUCUUCAAACAUAUCAGAAGGUCAAGGAUCGUAAUCGUCAUCUUCUCCAUUAACUACAUGGAGUCAGAGUGGUGUUUAGACGAGCUGGUUGAGAUCAGAAAAUGCUUAGAGACUGAGAAAAUUGACUUCGCCAUACCAAUCUUCUAUAAAGUUAAGACUUCCCACGUCAAGGAACAGAGCGGAAAGUUCGGGAAAAAGAUUGUAGCAUUACAGAAAAAGCAUCGCAGUUCCAGGAUCAUAAAAUGGAAGAAAGCUUUGAGAUACGUAGCUAAAUUAAUUGGACUGACCUAUCAGAAAAGAAGUUUAAUUUCAGAGUUGGAUUUCAUCAAGAAGAUCGUUGAAAUGGUUGAUGUAACUUUGACCAAAAUUGCAUCAGAGGAUGAUGAUAAUAAUAACAGUCCAGAGACGUCUAAGGGAGAAACAUCAAAUCUAAUUGAUGUAAAUAAGAUGCUCAACUUGUCACGGACAUUGGACACUCGGGAUAUGGAAAUAUCUUAUCGUCAAGGCUUCAUGGUUGGCUCUGCCUGGAAAGAUGAAAAUUUCUCACUUUUUGAUGUAUAUGCUUAUGAGUAUGACUCCAGAGGGUGCUGA